AUGUUUUGUCAGACGGUGUUCUCCCAGGGUGCGGCGGCCACCCCGGUGCCAUUGCUGAACGCCAUGACCGAGGUGGGCAAGUCUGCCAACCUUCGCGACAUCAAGGUCGUGCACAUGCAUACGGAGAAGGAGGCGCCUUACGUUGCCCCUGAGUGCAAGGACAUCUUCAGGUCCGUUUCGCUGUUCAUGGCGGCCAACGUGCGCAAGUCCGUAGCCGAGGGCCGCUCCGACGCCAUCCCGAUCUUCCUGCAGGACAUCCCCAAGCUGUUCCACAGGAAGAUCAUCCAGCCCGAUAUCGCUCUCAUCCAGGUCUCCCCACCCGACCAGCACGGGUACUGCAGCCUCGGCACGUCCGUGGACUGCGUGAGGGCCGGCCUGGUCAAUUCGAAGGUCAUUGUGGCGCAAGUGAACCCCCACAUGCCGCGCACGUUCGGCGACGCCAUCAUCCACGUGUCGCACAUCGACUACGCCGUGCGGGACUCGACGCCGCUGCCCGAGCACGGCUCCAAGGGGCCCGCCAGCCCCGAGGAGACCAAGAUCGGCCAGCUCAUCGGCGAGCACCUCGUCGAGGACGGGGCCACGCUGCAGAUGGGCAUCGGCAACCUGGUGCGGCGCGGGUGCAUCACCAACAACAGGAAGAAGACCCACAAGGGCCGCAUAGUGGGCAGCUUUCUGGUCGGCAACAGGGAGCUAUACGACUUCGUCGACAAUAAUCCUUUCAUCGAGAUGCUUGAAAUCGACUAUGUGAACAACACACACAUAGUGUCGCUGCUACCCACGAUGACCGCUAUCAACUCUUGCAUCGAGGUGGACCUCACGGGGCAGGUGUGCGCGGACUCUAUAGGCACGCGCAUGUACUCCGGCUUCGGCGGGCAGGUGGACUUCAUCCGCGGCGCGGCCGAGGCCGUGGACGGCAAGGGCAAGCCCAUCAUCGCGCUCGUCUCCACCACCAAGAAGGGCGAGAGCAAGAUUGUGCCCACGCUCAAAGUCGGCGCCGGCGUGGUGACGACCCGUGCCCACGUCCACUACGUGGUGACCGAGUACGGAAUCGCGUAUUUGUUCGGGAAGACCCUCAGACAGAGGGCGUACGAGCUGAUCAAGAUCGCCCAUCCCCAACACCGGGAGGCGCUGGAGAAGGCGGCCUUCGAACGCCUCCAGUGCAUGCCGGCACCC